GGAGAGGAGAGGAGGGGCAGGGCGCGUGUCGGGCUGCGCGGCCGCCUCCGGCUCCUCCAGUCUGGCCUCAGAGCGGUGGGGAGCUCAGGGGGCUCCCACGCGGGGGCUCGGCCGGCCCGGCUCGCUCCCCCGCGGGCGGCGGGCGCUCCUGCUGGCAGGAGGCCGACUCACUCCCUUUGUUCUUUCUCUUCCCCCUCACCUCCCACUCCCCUCCUGUCUCGUGGUGGCGGCUCCUCCCGCCGGAGGCUGUCGGGCUGCUCGGGAGAAGGGGAGGGGGGAGGGGAGGGGGGAGGAGGAGGAGGAAGGCGCUGGAGCUUUCGGGGCGUCGGGGGCGAUGGCGAAGAUCAGGGUGGCUUACGAGUACACGGAAGCGGAGGACAAAAGCAUCCGGCUAGGCUUGUUCCUCAUCAUCUCGGGCAUCGUGUCGCUCUUCAUCUUCGGCUUCUGCUGGCUCAGUCCCGCCCUGCAGGAUCUGCAAGCCAAGGCGGCCAACUGCACGGUGUUGUCGGUGCAGCAGAUCGCCGAGGUGUUCGAGUGCACCUUCACCUGUGGCGCCGACUGCCGCGGCACCUCGCAGUACCCCUGCGUCCAGGUCUAUGUCAACAACUCCGAGUCCCACUCCCGGGCGCUGCUGCACCGCGACGAGCACCAGCUGUUAACCAACCCCAAGUGCUCAUAUAUCCCUCCUUGCGAAAGAGAAAAUCAGAAGAAUUUGGAAAGUGUCAUGACUUGGCAACAGUACUGGGAAGAUGAAAUUGGUUCUCAGCCAUUCACUUGCUAUUUUAAUCAGUAUCAGAGACCCGAUGAUGUGCUUCUGAAGCGCACCCAUGAUGAGAUCGUCCUACUGCACUGCUUCCUCUGGCCCCUGGUGACCUUCUUGGUGGGAGUACUUAUCGUGGUGCUGACCAUCUGUGCCAAGAGUCUGGCUGUCAGAGCUGAAGCUUUGAAAAAGCGGAAGUUCUCCUAAAGGGAAAUGGCGCCAGAGAAAGGAUCCAAAGAUCAAAAGGAGAUGAGGGGGAGAUGUGUCAUACACCACUCUCUUCCUCAUCACCUCCUCAGCCCCUGCAAAGCCCUGUCAGCCUCUUGGGAAAUGUGAGUGUGGCCAGUCUCCCAGCAAGGACUCCUAUGAGAAGGCUCCAUGAGUUAUCUCUGGAAGGCUUGUCCUCAAAGGCAGCGAGAAUGAGCAGCCCAAAGACUCAGAAUCACACGUGUUGUAUUAGACAUUUCUGAGCGAUGGCUAACGUGCUGAGCUCUUAGCUAUGUGGAAUGACCAUUUCAGAAAAUCCUGUAGAUUUAAUUUCAUUUGAAAACAAACAAACAAACAGCAUUCUACCAUUUGGUAUGAUGUAGAAUACAAACCAUCGUGACUAAUGCUAUUUAAAAUAUUAAAGCAGAGUGGUCUGAUUCUUUUUUAAUGUCUGCUUUCUCUCCUGAAUGCAGAGCACUGAGAGGUAAGGUUCUUUUAUAUUUCAUAUAAUUCUUGUGGAUCAAAGUUUCAUUUUUCUGUGAGGAUUUCUGCACAAAACUGGACCUAACCAUACUAACCUCCGUUAUUUCUCUUAUAAAAUGGUAGUAAACAUCUGUCUGGAGUAAUCCCAGUCCCUUCAUUAAAAGCAGCCCUUAAUUCUUAAAGGUUGGAAUAGGAAUGCAUUUCUAUUGGCACCAGUGUUUUUGUGACACUUAAGAUGAGUUUUUGGAUUAGGAAGAAUUCUCCUAAAACCGAAUUCCCUCUGCCCAAAUAUUGGUUCAUGAUAGAGAUCUUACGAAGAGAGAGUGACUCAAACGCUGUCUUUCCACUCCCAGAAAUGUUGGGAUUUAUUAGGUAUCCCUUGUGUCAGAGUAACUCUGUGUGUGUGUGUGUUUGUAGGUGGGGGCAGAGGAGGUUCUCUCUUCUCUUGGCUGAUAUGCCCAUACUCAAGAUACUUGCAGGGCAUCCAUCAGUAUCCUGAAACGACCCUUCCCCACCCCCUCCUUUUGGAGGCUUACUGUUCACAAUAUGACAAGAAAGUUUUAAUGGAAGAAGGAAAGAAACAAAACAGAAACCCUUGAAUGAUCAUUAAUCCUAAGGAUCAAGUCAUUUACUAGAUCCAAAACUAAUGUGGAUUGACUAGGGCUUUGCUCCCAGGCAACCAAGGUACUGAGAGAAAUUAUAUUCUUUUAGUAGGAAAUAAUUGAGCUUAGAAUCUAAUUAAUGAAAAGAGUUUGUCUAACAAGCAUUUAUUAAGCACUUAUGAUGUACCAAGUACUGUGCUAGGUCCUUGGGAUACAAAGCAAAAAUGAAAGUCCCUCACCCUCAAGGAACUUAUAUUCUAUCUAAUGAGAGAUGUACAUCUUAGAGAGGGCAUGCUGGCACACCCUGGUAUAAGCAUUCCCACUAGGCCUGUCUCUAGAAGCAUACAAAUAUAUCAGUACAUAUACACACGUACAGAGCUUGAGACAGAUGUGCCAACACACCCUGGGAUGAGCAUUAAUUAACACUGGCCGCCUUCUCCUUGUGGCCACUCUCUUAUUCCUGCCUAUGAUGUACCUAAAUAAAUUUAUACAAAAUGAAUACAAAGCAACUGGGGGUGGGGAGAGAUACUAGUAGCUGGAGGGAACAGAAAAGUCCUAAUAUAGAAGGUAGAUGAUACUUGAGCUGAGCUCUGAAAGAGAGUUGGAGAUGAAGAGCAAGCACAUUUCAGACAUGAAGGGCAGCCUGUAUGAAAGCACACAGACUGGUGAUGGAGUGUUGUAUGUGUGUAAGAAAGAGCUAGAAAGCCAUUUGACAGGCCCACAGUAUAUAUAAAGGGAAGUAAUAUGACAGUGGAGGGCAUUAAGGACCAGACAGAGGAAUUUUUAUUUAAUUCUAGAGCUACAGUUAAGAGCUACUAGAGUUUGAUGAGCAGGGGAGUAACACGGUCAGGUGUUGUUUCAGGCUUGGAGCACAGAGUGAGGGAAUCAUCCACUUAGAGAUAAUUAAGACCAAGGGAUCUGAUGAGAUUAGCAAAGCAGAGAGUGUAGAGAAAGGAGAGGAUGCACACUAUAGAGGUGUACAUCCACAGUUGUGAGGCAAGAUAUGGGACAUGGUCCAAUAGAGACUGAGGAGGAGUGAUCAGACAGGUAGGAGAACCAAAAGACAGCGGUGUCAUGAAAACUAGAGAAGAAGGUAUCCAGUGGAAGAGGUUGGUAAACAGUAUGAAAUAGUGCAAAGAGACAGAGAAGGUUGAGAAGUGAACAGGAUUUCAUAUGGUAAUUAAGAGAUCAUUGGUAACUUCAGAGAGAGCAGCUCUAGCUGAGUGAUGUGAUUGGAAGAUGUUGCAAAGGGUUGAGGAGUGAGAAGAAAUGGAGGAAAUGUUGGAGUGUCAACCGGUUUUUCUAGGAGCUUGGUUGUGAAAGGAGGAAAAAUAUAGACCAAUGGCUUGAGAUGGUAGAGUCAAGUGAGGAUUUUUCAAUUAAAAGAAAAAGCUACCGAAAGGGAAUGUCUUUCCCAUCCCUCCAUACCUACUCUCCCCACUCCCCUGCUCCUUUCCUGUCCAGCUGUGACCUGAUGCUUCUGGAUAAGAGGGCAGGCUUUUUAGCAUCAGCUUCUCAGCUGCCUCCAGGUGUCCUAGGGUCUCCACCCAGCUGGAGUCUGUCUCUGUCUCCACACCAUAGAUGCAAUGUCCUGAGACCUUUUCCUCACUUCUGGACUGAAUCGUUGACUUAAGGGUGCAUCUUAUACUUCUUGCCACAGGGCAAUUUGUGAAGCUUAUUCUGGGUUAUCCCAAAUUGCCAAUUAUAUAGCUCUGUCAGAGUUGAUAUUAUAAGAGCUCCUCUAAGGAAGGCCCUCCAAAUCCCUGUCUUCACCCACAGCUCUCCGAUGGUUGAGGUUGUGGUUCUGGGUGUGGGGGGGGGCGCUCUUUCUCCCUGCUUCCUGUGCCCUAAAAGAGGGUUACCCCUUCUACACAUCUCAGACAAAAUACAAAGCAAACUCUAGGGUUUUCUGUCUUUUGAUGCCUUCUCUCCAGUGCAGGAGAAGGGAUAAAUUUCAAGAGUUUUUCUGGCCUUGUCAGGGCCUCUGAUCCCCUUUCUUGGUCUCUUUCUUCUCAUUCCCUUUCCUUUCUCAAGCUUCCCUGGGGACACUCCUCACCCUCACUCCCAACUGCACCUCACCACUCUUCCAAUGUCUCCUAAUCAGUGUGAACCAAGAUAACUUAAACAU